UAACUUGUUGUGUAAAUAAACUAUGCUGGAAUGUAACAUCUCGGGGGUUGGCGUGUGUCGGCCAGGACGAAGUAAUUCUACUAGUUGAGGCACUUCCUGAUGAAACGCAAUUCCCAAAAGAUCUUCUGAUUCACAUAAACCAAAUUUACAUGGAGGCAGUGAAAGGAAAUACGAUGACUGAACUGGGAGUAUCAAUCCAUCAGGAAGGAAUUUUAUUGGGUUCCAGGGAGCAUGCAGGCUUCCUUUUUAUCCGACAAACAUUUCAAUGUUUACAAAAAAUAGUCUUACCUCCAUCACCGUUUUUAGUCGGUCUUCUGGUACACCGUUGGGAGACACCAUGGGCUAAAAUAUUUCCUCUCCGAUUAGUCCUCCGCCUUGGUGCUGAGUAUCGAUACUAUCCAUGCCCACUUGUAUCCGUUCGUUUUCGUAAUGCCGUUUACUUUGAAAUUGGACAUACCAUCAUGAAAGUUUUGGCGGAUUUUAGGAAUUAUGCAUAUACUUUACCGGGGGUCCGAGGGAUGGUAAUUCACAUGCAGGAUCGUACAACAGAUGUUCUACUCCCUCGCAAUCGUUACGAUCAAGUAAUCAAAGGACUCAACAAUUCCAAUGAUCAUGUUUUAGCAUUUGCCGCAAAUUUUUCCAUCCAUGUCGAUUCACAUCUAGUUUGUAUACAAACGAACACAGGGGAUGAGAGUAUCUACCAAACACAAGCUAUUAAUAUUCAUAAUAAGCCCCGCAAAGUCACCGGAGCCAGUUUUGUUGUGAUAAAUGGGGCGCUCAAAUCAUCAAUGGGACUGUCAGCAAAAUCGAGCAUUGUUGAGGAUGGUUUAAUGGUUCAGAUAAUGCCUGAAAAAAUGGAGGCGCUCAAAGCGGCUCUCAAAAAUAUGCAAGACUUUAAAAUUGAAUGCGGACACCAGGGAGUAUCUGAGCCUGAUGAGACCGUUAACAUUAGGUGGGUUGACAACGACGUUCAAUUCAAUCAAGGAUUGAAAAGUCCAAUUGAUAAUCGCCCUAUGGAUGGUAUACCGUCAAUACGAGUUCAUAAUGGAAACGAUUGGAUGGGUACGAGUAGAUUUAUACGCUGGACAGAAGUAUUUAUUAUUAAAUCUGAUGAUCAUCCCAAUGGUGUCCACGAUCCUGUCGAUUUAAAUAAAUUAUCGGAAAGCAUAGCGCAGGCUACGUGCGCAGCAUUGGUGAAGCUGCUUGAUCUUCUGGCAGCGGCUGGUCUGACUAAAUUGGCGGUUAGAGCUACCAUUCACCCCGAUAAUGUUGGCUAUGAGGCAGGAAGCGAAGGUAGUCGUUUACCACCUAUUUACAUGAACAGUUUGGAUAAUGAGCUCAUUCAAAUUCUUCAUAAAUCAGCACAAAGCAGCCAGGACACUAAUACAGUGCUCGAACUAAUAUUCCAUGUGCUGGAUGAUUAAGAAUAUUUUCCUCGAUCUUUUAUUGUACUAAAUCCAAUUUAGUCUAAUUUAACGGAAAUUACAGUAUGAGCCAUUUGAAUGGCUUACUGCAACCAAAAUAUCAGCUAUGAGGAACGAUAAUGGAUUACAAAAAUUAUUAUACAAAGAUAUUAUUAGCAAUCUUAAGUAGUGGAUAUGACCAUCUAUGAAGUAAAAAUGGCAAACUUUCUAGAAUUCAUUUUAGAGAUGUUUUAAUAUGAAAUUUCAUUCUUUGAAGAUGUGUAAUUUAGUAAUUGUUAUAUUUUAAAGCUCAAAAAUGAGCAUUCAUAUUAAAUGAAAAUACAUCGUGAAGUAUAGGUUUGUUUUAUUUACAUCUCAAUCGAAAUGAUACGUUAUCGUACAUGAAGCUUUAUAAUGAAAAUUGUAAGUUUUGUAUGUACAUAAAAGUUUUUGUUUCUUUCAAUCCAAGAGUUAUAUAGGAGAAUUUAGAAAACUACUGAAAAUAUUAAUGUUGAGGUGUACAGAGGAAAUAUCAAGAUAUACACGUAAUGUUAUAACAGAUAUAUAGCAAUGUUUUUAUAAAUCUAAAAAGAUGGAACGGAGUUCUAAUUUUGUGUAGUUUAUUGUUUGUACGAGAUAAAGGAAAUAAUUAAAACCAUCAUCCGGGAGUUGUCAUUAGCGGGAAUGGACUGAUACUGUGGUUGAGUUUUUCAGAAAUGAAAAUAUAGGGAGUGCUCUACUAUUUGUAUGUUUCGCCUGAAUCAUUGAGAGGGUUAGAAAUAACCGAUUCAGUUUUCUUUAUACGUCUAUGAAUGGCAUGGGAAGUUUUUUUUUCAUCGAGGGCUUAAUCACUUCAACUCCACCAUAUUUUUCCUCUCCGAAUGGUCAUUACUUAUUAUUUCUUUUAAGAAUCUGAAUCAAUUUUUAUUAACUUCAAUAACAGUCCUAGUAAUAUGAAUUAUAAGCAUAAAUCAUAGUUAAUACCCACAUAUAAUGUAUAUACAUUUAAUGAAUAAAUUGUAAAUAUACCAUUACAAGUAG